UGAGACCUGGUUGUGAGCAAACCUCACAUAUUUUCGUCCAUUACCACUUCCACUUUUCCUCUCUCUCGUUUUGGUCACUCCAAAGUCCAAAUCGAUCACUCUUCACUCUCAUUAUUCCCAACCCAACAACAACAAUGAUCCCAGAACACUACUCCGACUCAUCUCUCUUCCACAGCUCCCUCCUUACCCUCUUCCUAAUCGCACCCCCCACCUUCCUCUCCCUCACCUUCCUCCAGGCCCCCUACGGCAAGCACCACAGGCCCGGCUGGGGGCCCAACCUCCCUCCCCCCUUAGCCUGGCUCCUCAUGGAAAGCCCAACCCUCUGGCUCACCCUCCUCCUCUUCCCACUGGGCCUCCACUCCCACAACCCCAAAGCCCAGGUCCUCAUCACCCCCUUCCUAAUCCACUACUUCAACCGCACCAUCCUCUACCCUCUCCACCUCCUCCUCACUCCUUCAAAGAAAACCACACCGGGCUUCCCCCUCAGCGUAGCCCUAAUGGCAUUCGCCUUCAACGUUCUCAAUUCCUACCUCCAGGCCCGAACGGUCUCUCACUACAACAAUCACUAUGAUGACUCGGGCUUUUUCUGGUUCCGGUUUUUGUGUGGGCUUUUGGUGUUUUUAUUGGGGAUGGGGAUUAAUGUAUGGGCUGAUAGGGUUUUGUUGCGGCUCAAGAGCGAGGGAAAGGGCUACGUGGUGCCGCGCGGUGGGUUGUUCGAGCUCGUGGCGUGUCCGAAUUACUUUGGGGAGAUUGUCGAGUGGCUCGGCUGGGCCGUGAUGACUUGGUCAUGGGCCGGGCUGGGCUUUUUUGUUUACACUUUUGCGAAUUUGGGUCCAAGGGCCCGGGCCAACCGUAGGUGGUAUUUGGAGAAGUUUGGGGAGGAUUAUCCAAAGGAGAGAAAGGCUGUUAUUCCUUACUUGUAUUGAGUUUUUUUUUAAUGAUUUUCUUUUAUUGGAUUUGGAAUUGGGAAUGUGGGUAAAAUGAUGAAUAAUUGAAUGUGGUGAUGAAUGAUGCAAUGCAGCUCAACUUGCUUAAUGUGAGGUCAAGGAUUUUUUUCUUCUUCUUAAUUAUCAAUUUGGUUUCUAAAUUAUUUAAAA